AGGCGUUCGCUCGGCGUCGGCGCCGGCAGGAAUGCAGAGCAGGCCGCCACACGCGCGGCAGCCUCCGCCCCGGACGCCCGUCCCUGCCUCCCUGCCUCUGCCGCCUGUGAGCGGGACGCAGCCGGAGCUCAGCCGCCGACAUGCGAGGGUACCGCGGCGUCAAGUACUUCUUGUUCAUCUCCUGCUACGUCUUCUGGGUGCUGAGCGCCGUCCUGAUUGCGGUGGGAGUCUACGCCAAGGUGGCCAAGGAGAAAGACGUGGUGGACACGCUGGCGUUGGACCCCGCCCUGCUCCUGAUGGCCGUCGGCUCCCUGACUUUCUUCGUCACCUUCCUGGGAUGUUUGGGGGCGCUGCGCAACGCCGGCUGCCUGCUGAAGACGUUCGCCUCCAUCCUGGCGCUGUUGCUCCUCCUGCAGCUGAGCGCGGCCAUCGCCGCGGCGCUCUUCACCGACGCGGUGAUGGAGCGGACGGAGCAUCUGAUGAUGAAAGCCGUCGUUGGCUAUCGGGAGGACCGCGACUUGGAGAACGCCAUCGACUUUGUCCAGAAGAAGUUCCGGUGCUGCGGCGUGGAGGGCUACAAGGACUGGUCCGGGAACGUCUACUUCCAGUGCUCCGACGCCAAUCCCAGCUUGGAGGCCUGCGGCGUUCCCUUCUCCUGUUGCGUCGUCCACGGCAACCAGUCGGUGCCGAACACCAUGUGCGGCUUUGGCGCGCAGCUGCAGGAGCGCUCGCUGGCCCGGCGCGACGUCUUCCCCGACGGAUGUUUGGACAAGAUCGCGCAGUGGCUCAAGCAAAACGCCAGAAUGGCGGGCGGCCUGGCCGGUGGCCUGCUGCUCCUCCAGAGCUGCGUGAUGUCGCUGGCGUGGGCUCAGGUGUGCUGCAUCAACAAAGUUGGGCGGCGCGCGGCGGCCAGGAGCGCGCCGAAGCGCCCGAAAGACGCCGUGUGGCUUCCCGCCUUCGCCGACUUUGACCGCCAAUGAGACCGCCGACCAGGCGAGGGGAGAACGAGCGCGUCGGGAGGACGGCCGGCCGCUCGGCUUCCGCCGCGGCCCUUCGAGCCGGUGGCGUCCCAAUGUUUCCGACCUCCAAAUAAAGCCCGUCGCUGUUGGAAAGCUU